AUGGAACAACGCUCACCAGAACUGCACGUCUCGGCUCUCUCGCCAGGAGAGUUCCGCGCAUAUAAACGUUACCUCGACCUCCUGGCGCUCGCGCAGGCCCGAGACGGUGUGGCAGCUCUUGGCGCCGACGGGUCUGUGCGCUUCGAGCGCGCCGCAGUCAGGCGAUUCGCAGAGGAACGGCUGGGCGCUAGGGGCGUCGAUGAAGUGCUCUCCCGCGUCGCGACCAGCGGGCGCCUCUCUGCAGGACAAGUGUACGCCGUCUUCCGCCUCCUAGCCCAUCAGGCGACCGGGAAGCGCGGCACCGUCGACCUCGUCUUCGUGCCCGUCGAACCCCUCCCCCUCGACCCCGAUGCGCCCGCGCCCCCUCCGCCCCGCCGGGUGGCCUCUAUAUCAGGCCCUCCUAACUGGGGCAAGUCGUCUGCACAGAGCCUUAUCGCCGACUGGCCACCGAGUCCCCGCCGGCAAGACACUGAAGCAGACUCGCGCUCUGAGCCGCCUCACCGCUCGGUCGGACCCCCCCUCCCUCCACGGAAGCCCAGUGUCCGCCGACCCGGCCCUGCGCUGCCGCCUCGUUCGCGCGUACGCGCAGACUCUACGUCCUCUACAGCGUCGGAGAACCAACCCACCAGUAACCGCGAGUCGUCCACCAUCAUGCAGCAGAGCUUUGCAGCGGCUGCCAACCGCGAGCAGCCGCGCCGCACCCCGACGAUCCAGGUGUUACGCAGUUCUGAGCGGCCUGCGCCCCCUCCGCGUCCCAAUGACGCGCAUGAGCAUCAUCCUCCCCGCCUCAACGACGACCAUGAUCAUCAUCCUCUGCCACGACGCGACGACACCUUUGUCUCACAUCCCACCCGCGACCUCGUCAAACAGGUCAACCGCGCAAUCCGCGAGAGCGAGGUCGAUCCCCCACCCCCACCGCCCCAGCGCGUCGUCUCUGGAACGAGGCCAAAACCCGCCCGCUCCCCAGCUUCUUCCACUGGUACUGGUGCCUUCACCAAGUCUGCCGAAGAGGCGAGGGCCAAGUACCCCGGUCUCAAGACGUGGCCUCAUGUUGGACUGCUAUCUGACCGACCAUCUCGCCAGUUGUUCGCCAUGAUCAUCCUCAACCAGCCGAUCACUCGCCGUGACACACUGAUGAGGGUAUGGUAUGCGAGUACGCUGCGGUAUUGCGCCGACGGCGGAGCCAAUAGGCUGUACGACGCGCUCGAACCCGAAGAACGCGAGCGCAUGCUGCCUACCAUGAUCAAGGGUGAUCUUGAUUCAAUCCGGCCUGAAGUCAAAGCGUACUAUGCGUCGCGUGGGGUGGCCAUCAAACGCGACCCGUCCGAAUACGCUACGGACCUGCAGAAGAACAUUGACGAGGUCGACGCGAUCGAGAAGGUAUCUGGCAAGACAUUCUCGCUUGUCUUCCUAGGCGGCUUAUCCGGGAGGCUCGACCAGACGCUGCACGUGUUGUCCACGUUGUUCAAGCUGCGUGAGACACGGCGGAACACGUACGUCAUCUCGGAGGAGAGCUUGGCAUGGGUGCUCAACACUGGCGUUCACCUCAUCGAGGUCGAUCACGCGAGCAUGGGUCAGACGUGCGGUAUUCUUCCUGUGGGCGUGAGCGAGGCGUACGUCCGCACCGAGGGACUCAAGUGGAACCUCGACUGGGUUACGAGCAUCAUGGGCGAUCUGAGCACGUCAAAUCACCUCCUCGCGCAUGAGCACGCCGUUCUCAUCGACACAUCGGCGCCUAUCGUGUGGACGGUCGAGAUCCGACAGGGCCUACAGAUCCAACCACGUUCGCCAACAGGGGUUGACGAGCUCUCGCGCGGCGUCAAGGAGCUGGGGCGCGCUGUUGGCAAGGGGAUGGGUUCGAUUGGGCAGGGGUUGAACCGCCGCCUCAGUCGCCAGGGCCUGCCGAUGCUGGCGAAUGGGGAUGAGGGGCGGCAUGAGCGCCACGAGAGCGCAGCGCUUGUUGAGCAGGAUACUGGUUAUGCGUCGCAUGAUGGUGAGGCUGAUGGGUACGCGCAGUUGGAUUAG